GUUUCUCAUAUAUUGACAGGUACAACAGCCUCUGGAAUGUCCAGCAAUGCAGCUUCUAAUGAAAAGUUCACUGAGUUUGUCAAGCAAGUGGCAGGCGAGAUGAGCACAUGGGAAGGGGCUGGUCUGUGGCAGCUGUCGGUGCUGUGUCCCAUCAAAGACUUUCCUCUCAUCCCUGGUUUUGAAGACACGUCCUGUGAAGAGCUCAGAGUUGCUGCUUAUGCUGCCAAGACUGAUCCUGCUGCCAUGCAGGAAUAUCAAAAAAUGUUAUCUGAAAAGAUGGCACGACACAAACAGCUGAGAGAUGCCUUCCGAAGUGGUACUGCAGAAGCCGUUCAAGUGCUGCGAGAAUUGUUCAACAAGGCACACAAGGUUGACGCAGCUGCUGGUUCAAUGAGCAACUCCAGUUCCACCACAAGCCUAUUUGGAAAGCCACAAGGCUCUGUGUUUGGGGCGACGUCGAGUACAUUCGGUGCAGCUUCAACAACCUCUAACUCUAACAGUCUUUUUGGGUCUAGUUCAUCUGCCAUUGACAGGCCUGGAAUGUCUCUUUUUAGUAAACCUCAAACUACAAAUACUUUUGGUUCAAGCUCAGCUUUUGGCAGCCUGGGUUCAUCAGCUGGGGCUGGUCUAUUCGGUGCACCGCAGCAAACCACGUCUAUUUUUGGAUCCAGCGGAAGUUCUGCCUUUGGCAUGUCUGAUGCUGUUAAGCCCAGUCUAUUUGGUGCACCGAGCGGGACGUCCAUCUUUGACUCCAAUGCCAUGCCUCAUUCAAGUACUGCAGGCAGUUCGCUAUUUGGGGGUACCUCCACAAACACUAACUCGAAUUCACUUUUUGGCAGCGUGAUCGGUGCAAAGAGCAGUGUUUUUGGUGGUGACAACGCGUCCAAUUCAGUGUUUGGGACACAACCCUCUGCAUCAGGAGGUUCAGUAUUCUCUGCCCCUUCUUCUAAUGCAGGAAGUUCUCUUUUUGGUGCACCAGCGUCUGCCGUAACUGCAUCUCCUUUUGGUAAUCCUGCAGCAUCAUCAAAUAUUUUUGGAUCCUCAAACACCGACCAGAAUUCAAAUGAAGGAAUUGCGAACGCUCCGUCCGCUGUUUUCGGCCAGGCUUCCACUGGUGCUACAUCUAAUGUUUUCGGAGGAUCUGGGUCUACCUCGCUCCAAGGUGGGAGUAAGAGUAUUUUUUCAUCUGUCGAUCCGUCAUUACAAAGUCAAACAUUUUCUUUGUUUGGCGGCGCAUCGUCCGCGGGAAGUACACAAUUUUCUUCCGCCCCAAGCACCACUCAAUCUGUCUUUGGUAGCGCCACAUUUUCUUCCACGUCUUCCAUUUUCGGAAAUUCCAAUACGACUGCAGUUCAGCAAGGCUCUGUAUUUGGAGGUUCAAUGUCGGCUACUGCAGCCGCUGAUGGAAAUGGAAGUGUUGUUGGUUCUCAGACUGCAUCGUUUCCUGUCUCUUCUACACAUUCCUCGACGUCAGCCGCAGCAUCCCCAGAUGACGAACGCUACUCUCAAAUCAAUCAACUCCAAGAGAGCGACCGUGAACAAUUUUGCAGUGAUAAAUUCUCGUAUGUUCCCUGCGUUCCGCCCCCGAGAGAACUCUGCAUGUAGUCCUAAACUAUUUAGCUUCUAUGUAAAUAUGAAUUUAUUUAUCAAUUAUAUUGAUACGCAUCUGAAAAAUGAAUGCCGCUUGGUUUAUGUAACAAUUCUGAACAAAACGCCAUGUAUCAUCAAUAAUUUAUUUUAGACUUUGCUAGAAGUACGUUCGUUUGUGGUUACACAGAAGCUUUUUCUGGUAAUAAAAUCCUUUAUCAUUCAAA